CUCAUUGCCUUUCCAUUACCAACCAGAACUUAGGCUCAUUGUGUCCUGUUAGCUCAAACAGACAAGGUGGUCCUCUGCAGUUGGCUUUAUUCACAGACAAAGACAAUUAAGGAGCCAUGGCUGUUGCAAAUUUCCAAUACAUAACUCGGAUGAGCAGUGGUUUCAAAGUUUACAUCUUGGAAGGUCAGCCCAACCUAAGAAGUGAAGAUAGAUUCAGGCAUAUGGCCAAUGAGAGAGUUCGAGUGCCACCAGUGCAUCCGGUCAAGCGCAAGCACAGCUUUGAGUGUGGUCUAACACUGGAAGAAAGGCGAGAGAGGGCACAAAGCAGGAGCAACAUGAGAAGGUCAGCUGUGUUCAGUGUUCCCCAGAGCCCCACAUCCUCCUGGAGCCCAACCCCCAGCCCCACAGGUCAUCUGCCCCGCCAUGUGUAUUCCACACCACCUAUCGAUGAACCACUGGACCUAAUUAAGAAACCAAGGAAAGAGCCUGAGAUGACAGAGGAGAAAACCAAAAGCACUAGCGCCAUCAAUCAGAUACAGGUGCGUCCUUCUGUGAUCACCUGUGUCUCCUCCACAAGAAAGCCCACCUGCAGUUCUGAGGUCGGCAGCAGUAGCCACUCCUCCACAGUGUUAUCUAAGCACAGCUAUGACCAUGUUGUGGAGGAACAUUUCAAGAGAAGCCUGGGGAUGGACUACCAAAUGGCCAGCUCCCGCCAUCUCUCCAUCAGCGUCUCUGUGGAUGACCAUUUUGCCAAGGCCUUGGGAGAGAAGUGGUUUCAGAUCAAAUCGAAAUCCUCCUCAUGCUCCUCGUCUACAUCUUCUCCACCCAGCAGCCCAAGUGUCACUUACUCCCCCAGCUACGGCCACAGCCCAAACCAAGCUCCCAAAGAGUCUCCAAGUACCACCACUCCCACCUCCAGCUUCUGGUCAGUCAAAUAAAACUACAGAGAGCUUUCCUGGAGAAAGAAUUAACUUUGAGACGUAGCAUUUGAAUGCAAUACAACGGCAGAUCCAUGCUUUUCAAGGAAUGAGAGCACCAAGGAGACAAUGUUGGUGAAAGUGUAGACUCGAGAACAGGAAUGCAGGAAUACUUAGCUACUCUAUAUGGUUGAACCAUUGAGUGCAUCUCCAUGAGUCUAUUCCCUGCCAGUGGAAAGGGGAGUUAUUUCAAUUUCAGGGGACAAGCAAAUUUUGCAGUGAUGUCUUUAUUUCUCAAUUUCUGUCCCAGCCUGUCCCAGCCUUUUCAAUAGCAUAUCUAUCUCUGAAAUAGAUGGUGAUGUGGGAUGAUAGUUGGAGAAAAGAAAUGUGCCAUUAUAUUUCAUUAAAUGUGCCAUAUUUCAUUUAAUGCGGUGAAGAUGCCACUACUUUCAUGAUUGUGUAUUUAUACUGUAUGUUUUUUAACGAACCUGGAUCCUAUUUUCAGUCUAAUAAAUUAUCUACUGUAUACAGUGCUAACAAAUUCACCAAAUCUGUUCAAUACAGUAACUUCAUGUUUUUGUAUAAACUAUGGACAACUCAAAAAGAAAAACCUAUUUGUGUUGGGAUAUUGCAAGUUAUUCAUUUCAUUAGCUUUAUGAAUUAGAACUUAAACUAACCUUAUUCUUGUAUAAAAAAAAGCAACCUGGAGAUUUCAGAAAAUAAAUGUGUGUGCAAUUUAUACAUUAUGUACUUGUUCCAAAAAAAUGUAAUGCUUAGAAAACUGUUGAAAUGCAUUAUAUACACUGAGUGUACAAAACAUUAUGAACACCUUCCUAAAAUUGAAUUGCACCUCCUUUUGCCCUCAGAGCAGUCUCUAUUUGUCGGGGCGUCUGGCACCCAGCAGUGUUGCAGUUCUUGACACACUCAAACGGGUGCGCCUGGCACCUACUACCAUACGCCAUUCAAAGGC